CUACGCCACAACCCCCUUCUGCAACCAGCUACAGCCGCCAUGAGAGGGAGCCAGGCCCCCCAUCCCUCCUCCUCCAGCAUCCAGCCUCCCUCAGCCACAGCGACCGGCCUUUAUAUCCUCCCCCCGUCCCAUCCCCUCCGCUAGCCGCGUCCCUUCCACUAGCCGCGUCCCUUCCACUAGCCGCGUCCCUUCCUCCUGAUUAUCAGUGCCACGAAUAAGUACUAAUUCACCAUGAGCGAUCAGGCAGAGGAAGAUAUGGCCAGCGAGGAAGGAAAAAGUAACGAACCAGAGGCCAAAAAAAAGGGCAAGUCAUCAGGUUCACAGGACUCUCAGCCUUCUCCCUUGGCUUUGCUAGCUGCAACCUGCAGUAAAAUAGGAAACACUGGGGAAAAUCAGACCGUGGGACAGCAACAGAUAAUCAUAGAUCCCAGCCAAGGAUUGGUUCAGCUGCAAAACCAGCCACAGCAGCUGGAGUUGGUCACCACUCAGCUGGCAGGCGGCGCUUGGCAAAUAGUCGCGGCCGCACCUCCCAUCUCGAAGGAAAACAGUAUAGCUCAGCAAGGCAUUUCAAUAGCUAGUACAGCAGGUUCGUCUACUAGCAGCAAUGAUAAUUCAUCGCCCACAAAAACUAAAACUAGCACUUCAGCCCCUGGACAGUUCCAGGUCAUCCAGGUCCAAACGCCUGGAGGGAACGUGCAGUACCAAGUUAUUCCCCAGAUUCAGACUUUGGAUGGUCAGCACAUUCAGUUCAGCCCUGGAAAUGCCACCACACUGCAAGAUUUGCAAGGUCAAAUCCAAUUUAUUCCCGCCGGUAACAAUCAAGCCAUUAUCACUGCUGGCAACAGAACAGCAUCUGGAAAUAUUAUUGCACAGAAUUUAGGGAAUCAAAUGCAGAUACGGCCUGGAGUUUCUAUACCACUGCAGCUGCAGACCAUCUCUGGUACUCCUCAAGUAGUGACCACCUUGCCCAUAAACAUAGGAGGAGUGACUCUGGCUCUGCCCGUGAUCAACAGUAUGUCUGCUGGAGGAGGUUCAGCACAGAUUGUUCAGACCACAGAUGGUGGGGUUACCAAUGGAAAUCAGCUGAUGUCUACACCCAUCACAACUUCCUCCAUCAGUACCAUGCCCGAUUCUCCCUCCUCCUCCGCCUCCUCCACCACCUGUACAACCACUGUGUCUACCACUCUGACUAGCAGCGACACGCUUGUCAGCACAGCUGAAUCGGGCCAGUUCACGAGCACACCAGCAAGUACAGACCGGGCAGCAGAAGAAUCGCCAUCCUCUGUCACCGAGUCUGAAUCUCAAAGUAGCAGUCAGCUUCAGGCCAACGGACUUCAGAAUGUGUCCGAUCAGUCGAGCUCCUUGCAGCAGGUGCAGAUCAUGGGGCAGCCACUUUUACAGCAAAUUCAGAUUCAGCAGCCGCAGCAACAGAUUAUACAAGCCAUACCACAGCAGUCUUUUCAGCUUCAAUCAGGACAGACCAUACAGACUCUUCAGCAACAACAGCUGCAAAACGUUCAGCUCCAAGCACUAAGCCCAUCGCAGAUUCUCAUAAGGGCCCCAACGUUAACUCCAUCUGGUCAGAUCAGCUGGCAAACUGUGCAGGUUCAGAAUAUCCAGAGCCUUCAGAAUUUGCAGGUUCAGAAUGCUGGCCUGCAGCAACAGCUCACCAUAACUCCAGUGUCCACCAGUAGUGGCACAAUUGCCCAGAUUACACCAGUGACAGUUUCUGGCACCCCAAUCACUCUCAAUGCUGCCCACUUUACAUCUGUGCCUAACCUGCAGACAGUCAGCGUUGCAAAUCUUGGUACGGCUGGAGUCCAGGUUCAGGGGGUUCCUGUCACUAUUACAAACGUUGGAGGCCAGCAGCAAGGAAGUGAAGGUGUCAAAGUACAGCAAGCUACUAUAGCCUCUAUUGCUGUUGGAGGGCUUACCAAUGCCACCAUCGGUGCCGUCAGUCCUGAUCAAAUAUCACAGGUGCAGCUUCAACAGUCUCAGCUAUCAUCAGAUCAAGAGGUGCAGACUGGCAAGAGGCUGAGAAGAGUUGCAUGUUCAUGUCCUAACUGUAGAGAAGGGGAAGGAAGAGCAAACAGUGAACCAGGCAAGAAAAAACAGCACAUAUGUCAUAUUGAAGGAUGUGGAAAAGUGUAUGGGAAAACAUCUCAUCUCCGAGCACAUCUUCGUUGGCACACUGGAGAAAGACCUUUUGUAUGCAACUGGAUCUUCUGCGGCAAGAGGUUUACCAGAAGCGAUGAGCUACAGAGGCACAGAAGAACCCAUACAGGGGAGAAGAGGUUUGAGUGUCCAGAAUGUUCCAAAAGGUUCAUGAGGAGCGACCAUCUUUCAAAACACGUCAAAACCCACCAAAACAAAAAGGGAGGUGGAACAGCCCUGGCAAUCGUAACAUCAGGAGACCUGGAUGCCUCAGUCACUGGAGUCCUUGGUUCCCCUAGAAUUGUUACUGUAGCAGCCAUCUCCCAAGAUUCAAACCCAGCCACCCCAACAGUGGCUACAAACAUAGAUGUUCUAGAAGGUGACAAGGACUUGUAUCGCUGCACCUAGUUCUAUUGUUACAGAAUUGUCAUCUGGUCUGUACAUUUCUUUUCAAGAUUUUUUUUUAUUUAAGUUGUUCAUCCCAAAAACAGCAGGAUGAAACCGAUAUAUACUAAACUGUGAAAAAUAUAAACAUUUUCUAAUAUUAGGCAAUAUAAAUCUGAAAAUCAGAGAUAUUUUACCUGUAUUAUAAAUUUUGCAUUUUGUAAAAGCUUCUAAAUUUUAACGCUUUCUCAUUCCUGUUAGCCCCCCCCCAAAAAUACAACCACUGUUUAUGAUAGUAAAAAAUAUUGAUAGACUUGGGGGCCAUUAAUAUUACAAACUUUGUUUGUAAGAAGGCCGUACAAUCAGUUUAUUUAUGGUAGCAUAAAAAUGACGCAGUUACCUUUACAAAGAUGCGAUUUUUGUAUAGAGACCUGCUAAUAAAAUGUGGGUAAAAUAGUUAUUUAUAUAGAUUUAAUGCUAUCCUUAUGCAAGCUGCCUAGUUUCAUACCACCCAAGACAUUGAACCUGCUCUAAGCAUUUUGUUAAUAGCAUUUUGUAGAUAAGCAUUAUUAGGAACCAACAUGUACAAACUGCGACAGUCAAGCCUUUCCACAUUCCACGCUCGCUAUAUAUUUUUAUUAUUUUUAUAUUUACUGUUUUUUGGAAAGUCAGUAUACAUCAGACGUUUUAGACUUUUAAUAUGCAAAGUUGAUGUAGGAUUUACAUUUAGCGGAAUGUACUAAAGGUGUAUGCUUUCAUCAAGUAAGUUAACAAAAUGGCUAAAAAAAAACUUGUAUAGCUCGUGGCUAGAUCAAGGGGGCGAGACGUUCCAGAAAAAGGUCAUUUUGCCACCUUUUACAUUUCAAAAAGCACAACAGAUGUAUGUGAAUUUUACUUUUACCCUCUAAUCAAGUUACAUUUUUAUAGUGUACAUUUGGUUUCAAGUAAAUUUAUAAUGGCUUAAAUUAUCAGUCCAGUAUAAGGUUAAUGCUAGUGGGUUGAAUUAUCAAACUACCUUAUAUCUCUUCUAUGCCUUGUACACAUGAUCGGAAUUUCCGAUGGAAAAAGUCAGAGGGAAUUCUUUCAUCGGAUAUUCCAAC